CUUAAGUGGUGAGAAAAGGUACUAGUCAAGUAAAGAUAGAAAUAUGAGGGCUAUAUUAUUGAGGAUGUGAGUGUUGCAGAAGGUAUUAGACCAGAAAAUGAUUAAAUGAGAAGUAAUUCCUUAAAAGUGUAAGAAGUUUCCUGAUUUAAGUUCAUUCCUAAAAUUCCGUUUGCAAAAUACAAGCUUUAAGUCUUCAAGUCUUCUUAUCUGUGCGCAGUGCUCUUUGCGAAAAUAUGCUAGAACAUAGUUCUAGGUUCUUUUGAUUGUAUCCCAUUUCUGACCUCACAAGUUGACCCCUCCCCUCGUUUGAAGGAAUGCACCAUAGUUUCGGGGAAAUUUCCAGUCACUUGAAAAAAAAAUAAUAAAUUGCUUGCGCUGUAGUGGGUCUUUAAGAAUUAAUCAUAGCCGCCAUGUGUUGUGUCGGGAAUCGCCACACGUUGUGCGAGGUGUCUGAAUGUCUGCCAUUUGUCAGCCUGCCACCAACAGCUGAGGAAGCCUCAUCACCAUGAACGGGUCUCAGAGUAACUUAUGGGUGGGAGGUGUAGUUAAAACUUUCCUGGCGAUGUAACGACACCGGCCUAGAUGCUGCAUCACACGUGCGGGGGCCGGUGCUGAUGUCGUCAGGUCAGACUCUCUGCCACGCGCCACCUGUGACAUGGCCACGGUUAUCGCUCAUAACAGUCAGGUGGCGAAGCUUCAGAGCAGACAGUGACCUGAGAGUAAUGCUAGUUUAAUUUAUACUUUUGGACACUUUUCUAGCGCUGCCAGACUGGCCACGAAGAGCAUGCUCAUUUACUAUGGAUCAUUCAAAGGCGACAUAUUGUGGAUUUGAAGGCAAUGUCUGUGGAAAGUUUCCUCACUAACCAGUUCGAGGCAAUACAGGACUGAAAUCUCAUUUGUGAUUUGUGAUUUCUUUAAAACCUAUGUCGACAAUCAAGUUUGUUAUUUCGGCUGCUGGAGUGAUUAUUUGUAGAGAGCGGUACACAUACCUGGUGACACAGAAACCUAGCGAUACAUCAGUACCCUGGAUGUACAAAUACUCAAGUAAGAUUCGUUGUUGACAAUCAACACAGCAAUACAACAUCAUGCAUGAAGUAGUCAACAUUUCCUACUAAGCUCAAACCGUCGGACUAAGUAUUGAGGCGUCUGUUGUAUUCGUGCAGAAGUUUUUCGAUCCUCCGUUUACAACCUGCAGUUGCCUCGAGGGAUAGCUCACGGUAACAGAAAACGUUUACUGAGCUUGUUAGUAAGAUAUCGAGUCUGGAGUGACAAGCAGAUCUCUGUGUCGAUGGAUCAGAAGGCUCAUCUUCUUGCCAGACGAUAUUCCGAGGACCCUGGACAGAUGGCCAUGGCGAGGCGUCAGGCCAGAAGGUCCGACUUCUUCUCUCUGGUGCUGACGGUUGUGGGAGGAUUUCUGGUGCAUGUGUCCCUGUGUCUGCCAUACACCUUCGGCAAUCUGGAGACGUACAUGGUUUCGUACAUGAAACACCAAGACACCUACAGCGAAAGGUAUUCGUCCGAUAUCCAGUGGGUUCUCGGGCUUUUCUUCGUUGCUAAGGUGAUGGGAAUGCUUGCCGCCGGUUGGCUGCACGACGGCGUGGGUGCUCGCACGUGCACCAUGACUGGUUGCGCCCUCAGCAGCGUUGGCCUCUUUCUGACCUCUGUGUCCUUGUCACGUAACGUGUGGGCCGUGGCCUUGACAUUGGGGAUGCUGAGUGGUGCUGGGACGGGGCUUGCAUACGCUUCACCGAUGGCCAUGGUAGCUAAGCUGUGGCCUGCACGAGCUGGCCUCAACAGUGGCAUCAUCACCGCUGGCUACGGCAUCGGCGCUGUUAUCUACAACGAGGCCGCCACGGCCUACGUCAACCCACACAAUGCGGCUGUCACCACCUUCAGCGACGACGGCAGCAAGUAUUUCACUGAUCCCGUGGUUUUACAGCGGACUCCUCGCAUGUUCAUCAUCCUGGGUUGCAUAACUUUAGCCUUUCAGUGCGUAGGCUGUGCUGCACUGUUCGGUGGCUUCAAGAUGGCCAAGUCAGUGGGCUUGCCGAAGCAGCCGGAAAUCACAGUCCACAUCCCUCUGGGCUCAAGACAAGGCGGCAAGGAUACACUUCGAACCUGCAACAUGUUCGACCGAGUGCAAGACCUUGACCCCAGCGCCAUGCUGGGUACCCGCCAGUUCCUGUUGAUUUGGCUGACCUUCUGUUUGUCAACGACUGGCACGUGCAUAGCGCUGGCCGAGUAUAAGAAUUUCGGGCAGCGGUUUAUCAAGGAUGAUCAUUUCUUGGCGCACGUGGGCACCCUGUCCAACCUCGUUGGGCAGUACUUCGGCCAGCCUGGGGGGUCUUGGCUGACCUCUCCUCUUUCAAAACAGCAUGCAUUGCCCUGUGCGCCGUGUCCUGCGUAACGUUCGGCUCCUGGUACUUGACUUCCGGUCUGCCGAGCUUCGUCUUCUUGAUCUGGGCCUGCAUCCUGGCGCUGACCGUCAGUGGGAGUUACCUGCUCUUUCCCCUGGCCGUGGGGCGCAGUUUUGGAUUAAAGCACUACCUCUCCAACAUCGCUGUGGCCUUCACUGCUGUGAUGAUGGCUGGGAUUUUAGCUCCAUCCUUAACCAGCUUGCUGAUGGGCAUGAACCGAGACUGGUUCACGCUUUUCACGGUCAUGGCUGUUGCCAACUUUGUUGGUCUUGUGUUGAUCCUCUUCAUCAAGGACAGCCAAGUAGAAACCCCGCGGACACCGGACACUGCUUGCCUGAACCACAUACUCGACAGGUAAACCAGUCUCCGGAACUUUUGCUCUUCCACAGGACGUAUGUAAAUAAUUUUUAAAAAAACAAAAAAAAAAACACCACCAACAACAAAAACAUCUGCACAUUCUUCAGAUGAAUGUACCUGUGCAUCCAGGUGCUUCUUCCUGCAAAGUCUGGAUUGUCUUGUUUGCUAUUCACCUGCCAUGUGAAACUGUCCGUCAUCAUACAACUUUUGUUUAAGGAUGACUGAGCAUGUGGAACAGAAGUGUUAAUGGGACACAAGGACAGACUCUGUUGUCUGUGUUUUGAGAAGCAUAAAGGAGAAUUUAUUUGACGGAGUGACGGAGUAAGAAGUGAGAGUUGCACAAGUUUCUCUCUCCUACUGUGUUGUGCCUGCCUGUGUAGCUCGCUGUUUGCCAGUCAGUCGACAUAAAAGAGAUUGUGUAAAUA